GCGGGGACUGAGUCCGCGCAUGCGCGAGCCGGCGCAGCGACGAUGGCAGAGGAGCAGCGGACGCUCGCAGAGGAGUGAGGAGUCGCCGGAGAUGUCGGACAAACCGCUCACGCUGUUCGUGAAGCUGUUUGCCGCCGCGUUCUACGGCGUGAGCUCGUUCCUCAUCGUCGUGGUGAACAAAAGCGUCCUGACCAACUACAGGUUCCCUUCUUCAAUAUGUGUCGGAAUCGGACAGAUGCUGGCCACAGUGGUCGUGCUGUGGGUGGGCAAGGCGUCGAGGGUGAUCACCUUCCCGGACUGUGAUGAGAGCAUACCUCGCAAGGCGUUCCCGCUGCCUCUCCUCUACGUGGGGAAUCAGAUCAGCGGCCUGUUAGGAACCAAGCGGCUGAACCUGCCGAUGUUCACCGUCCUCCGGAGGUUCUCCAUCUUGUUCACAAUGCUGGCUGAAGGAAUUCUGCUCAAGAAGAAGUUCUCCCGGCCGGUGCAGCUGACGGUGUUUACGAUGAUCCUCGGGGCGUUCAUAGCCGCGAGCGCCGACCUGUCGUUUGACCUGCAGGGCUACGUCUUCAUUCUGCUCAACGACGUGCUGACGGCGGCUAACGGAGCCUACGUGAAGCAGAAGCUGGACGCCAAGGAGUUGGGCAAAUAUGGAUUACUGUACUACAACGCGUUGUUCAUGAUCAUCCCCACGGUGCUGUUGGCUCACGUGACCGGAGACAUGCAGAAGGCCGUGGAAUACGACGGCUGGUCAGACGUGUUUUUCCUCUCCCUGUUCGUCCUCUCCUGCAUCAUGGGGUUCGUCCUGAUGUAUUCCACCGUGCUCUGCACGCAGUACAACUCGGCGCUGACCACCACCAUCGUGGGCUGCAUCAAGAAUGUUCUGGUGACGUACAUCGGGAUGGUGUUCAGUGGAGACUACGUCUUCUCCUGGACCAACUUCAUCGGGUUGAAUAUCAGCAUCGCGGGCAGCCUGGUGUACUCGUACAUCACGCUCACAGAGGAGCAGUCCAUCGCAGCCAGCGAGGGCACCAAGCUGGACAUCAAAGGGAAGGUGCUCGUGUGAACACUGGAAACCACAAACUCUAUUUUUAGUACGACUUGUAUUUAUGCAGUAUUUUAGCAGCUGAUUUUACAUUUCAUUUUCUAAAUCUCUAUUUUGAUACUGAAAGGGAAACAGAACAAAUAGUAUUUAUAACACAAGUUACCGACACCAUGUAAUGUUGACGUGAACAGCUGGAGGAAUCGGUUAUUUAAAGGGACAGUUUGAGUGUUUUAGCGGUGGAGUCGCUGUGCUUCUGGUCCUCUGAACUCUGUUCUGGAGAAGCAGCUCACACGAACGUCUGUACGGCCGCACCGAUCGUGGUAACAUGAAAUAACGCUUUGAAAGGCUGAAUCCUUCUUUUCUGUUUUCCGGGGGAGCUUAGUUUACAUUGUGCUCCCUCUGUGUUACGCAGGGUUCAACUGUACUAAAGAGAAAGCAUCCAUUUGUCCUUCUGGGGGUUUUUGCCUCCUCGACACACUUGAAUGACCUCACUUCCUGUUACUCAGUCGAGAUUAUUGUACGUUUGUUUUAUUAAGAGGCGCAUGUUUUUCUAAACUUUUUAUAGCCAGGUACGAGUUUUUAUUUUCUACAUUUCUAUCUUCAUCAGUUCAUAUUUAUUGUUGACUAAUAUUCACGUUGUGGGUGCAGUGAAUUGAUCUGAAACGCAGCGAACAUGGAUUUGUAGCUGCUUCGUUGUAUUUUUACAUUAAAAAAAACCUACUGAGGUGUUUCCAUUUGUCCCCCAGAUGUCUUAUUUAUUAGUGUUGACUUUCUGUAUUUGAUGCAUCCGUUUUAAUGACAGUAACAAAUAAACUUCAAUGACUCA